AUGGGAAAUUCAAAUCACAAACCAGAGAAAAAAAAUAAUAAAGGAAAGAAAGAAAAAGGAAAACGAAAGAAUGAAAAGAUAAAAGAUGAAACAAAUGAAAAAGAAGCAAUCGAAGAACCAACUCUAAAUGAAGAGAAAGGUUCUUGUACAGAUACAAAACCUAAUGAAGAUAAUCAAAUUGUCAAAGGAAAAGAAGGGGAAAAAGAAGAAUAUAUUGAAUUAUAUAAUGAAGGUAAGAAAAAAGUUACUCAAGAUGACUUUGAGUUAUUAAAAGUUAUUGGUCGUGGUUCAUUUGGUAAAGUGAUGAUGGUUAGAAAGAAAGAUGAUGGAAGAAUAUUUGCUAUGAAAAUAUUAAGAAAAGAUAUAGUCAAAGAACGUAAACAAGUUGACCAUACAAAAGCAGAAAAGAAUGUAUUAAUGCAAUUACAUCACCCUUUUAUUGUUAAAUUAUAUUACGCAUUCCAAACAGCAGAUAAACUGUAUAUGGUUAUGGAUUUUGUUAAUGGAGGAGAAUUGUUUUAUCAUUUAAAAAAUGAGAAUUGUUUCUCAGAAGAA